UGGCUGCCACCAAAGUUACUUCCAGUCCUUACUGUCCCUCCUGCCCUUGUCUGGUCCUGCCCAGGGACCCCUGCUUCAAGCCUAGCCUCAGUGAGGGCACAGAGGCACCAGGAAGCCCCGGCCAGUUACUCUUGGCUCCUCAACUAGCUGCCUACUUCCAGUGGCUUAUGGGGUACAAUCCUGUCCAGCUCCGCUGAGAUGAUCCUGGCCUCUCCCUCCACCCCGUCCAGGGGACGCACCCCCAGCGCGGUGGAGAGGCUGGAGGCCGACAAAGCCAAGUAUGUCAAGACCCACCAAGUGAUAGCACGACGCCAGGAGCCCGCUCUGCGUGGGGGUCCCGGACCGCUCACCCCGCACCCCUGCAAUGAGCUGGGGCCCCCUGCAUCGCCCAGGAUGCCCGGGCCCGCCCGCCGGAGCAGCGGCAGGCGGCUGCCAAGGCCUGACUCCCUCAUCUUCUACCGCCAGAAGCGGGACUGCAAGGCUUCGGUGAACAAAGAGAACGCCAAGGGCCAGGGGCUGGUGAGGCGCCUCUUCCUGGGCGCCCCCCGAGACGCCACCUCGAGCAGUCCGAGCCCAACAGAGCGACCAGCGGCUCCUGGGGUUUGGGCCGCGCCCCAAGAUGCCCCGGAAGCGGCAGGAAAGCGGGCGCUGUGCCCCACAUGCUCACUACCCCUGUCGGAGAAGGAGCGCUUCUUCAACUAUUGCGGCCUGGAGCGCGCGUUGGUGGAGGUGCUGGGCGCUGAGCGCUUCUCUCCGCAGAGCUGGGGCGCCGACGCCAGCUCCCAGCCCGGAACGUCGCCGCCGCUAGGCUCUGGGGACACCAGCGACUGGACGUCCAGCGACAGCGACACGGAUCGCCCGGACGGAGCUGGCGGCGGCGGUGGCGGUGGCGGUGGCGGUGGCGGUGGUGGCGGCGGCGGCGGCGGCUCGGAGGCGGAGGGCUCGGCGCGGGACGGGCGCCCCCCGGUGUCGGUGGUGGAGCGCAACGCGCGCGUCAUCCAGUGGUUGUACGGCUGCCAGCGCGCCCGCGGCCCGCCGCGCGAGUCCGAGGUGUGA